AUGUUUCGCCCUGUCCGCACGCUCCGGCCGCUCGGCUGCGCCCACUUUGCGGGCUACGCCAAGGUCGACGACGCGGCCUUCCAGGGCCUCAGCUUCAAGCUCACGGACACGCAGCGCGAGAUGCAACUCGUCGCACGCCAGUUUGCCCGCGACGAGAUGAUCCCGGUCGCUGCCGAGCUCGACCGCACGAUGGCGUUCCCGCACGAGAUCUUUGCCACGGCCCACGGCCUCGGCCUGCUCAACGUGCACGUUCCGGAGAAGUACGGUGGCCUCGGCCUCGGCGCACUCGACGGCGUCGUCAUUGGCGAGGAGCUUUCGUACGGCUGCUCGGGCAUGACGGCGGCCUUCGAGGUGAACAACGUGGCCGCGGCGCCGCUGCUCCUCGCGGGCACCGAGGCGCAGUGCGCCAAGUACCUCGGACGGCUCGUGGAAGCUCCUCGCCCGGCGUCGUACUGUGUAACCGAGGCCGGCGCGGGCUCGGACGUCGCGGCGACCACCACGUCGGCCGUCCAGGUCGGCAACGACUAUGUCCUCAAUGGCUCCAAGAUGUGGAUCACGAACGGGGGCUUUGCCGACUGGUUCUUUGUGCUUGCCAAGACGGACAGCGGCGCGUCGGCAGGCUCGGCCUUUACGGGCUUCAUCGUCGACGGCAAUGCGCCUGGCAUCACCCGCAGCAAGAAGGAGAUCAACAUGGGCCAGCGCUGCUCGGACACGCGCAGCAUUCACUUUGAAAACGUCGUCGUUCCGAGCGAGAACGUGCUCGGGUCACCAGGCUUUGGCUUUAAGAUCGCCAUGCAGGCCUUUGACCGGACGCGGCCGCCUGUCGCCAUCGGCGCGGUCGGUCUUGCUCGCCGUGCAAUGGAGGAGGCCAAGAAGUACGCGCUCGAGCGCAAGACGAUGGGCCAGCCCAUCGCGAUGCACCAGAGCAUCAUGUUCAUGCUCGCCGACAUGGCGACCAACAUUGAGGCUGCGCGUCUGCUCACGUACAAGGCGGCGUACGAGAUUGACUGCGGCCGCAAGAACACCAUGUACGCGUCGAUGGCCAAGCGCUUUGCCGGCGAUACGGUCUACCAGACGACGCUGGAUGCGGUCCAGAUCUUUGGUGGUGCGGGCUUCAACACCGAGUACCCAGUCGAGAAGCUGUUUCGUGACGCCAAGAUCUACCAAAUCUACGAAGGCACGUCGCAGAUCCAGCGGCUCUUGAUCGGCAAGGAAAUGUUGUCCCGCUCGAGCCUGGCGCCAGAGUAGCAACCGAGCACGAGAGAAGAGAUCGCGGCCAGUGUAUUCAAGUGACUUAGUC